UCCUUCUCUCUUUUUUCUUCUUCUUCUUCUUCUUAUUCAACCUCUCGAAAUUUCAGCCAAAUUUUUAGCCUCAAUACGAAUCUUCCUCCGAUGUUAGAUUUUCUCCCGCCGGAGAUUUUGUUCUACAUCUUCCUUAAACUCCCCUCCAGAACCCUCAUCCUCUGCACCUGCGUUUCAAAACCAUGGAGAUCUCUCAUCACCGACCCCGCUUUUCUCCUCUCUCACCUCAAUCAAUCCAACACCAAUCGCCACCACAAUCGCCUCCUUCUCCUCCGCCGCUGCUACUCCACCGGCACCAAGAAAGCCGAGCGUUACUCUCUGCAUUUCGAUUCCGAGACCUUGGGGAUAUACAAGGAAUUGAAGCUUCCAUAUGUUAAUUGGAACCAGAACUUUAAACUCGUAGGUUCUUCCAAUGGAUUAUUGUGUUUGUUAGGUCAGAAUGUUUUCUUCUGGAAUCCUUCGAUUCAACGGUUUCUCGCUCUUCCUUGGCCUAGCGAUAUCUUCACUGUUUACGGCUCGCCCUACAAAUAUGCGCUUGGAUUUGGCUUCGAUUCUCGCGCAAACGACUUCAAAUUAGUCAGGUUAGUUUAUAUUGAAGGUGGACCGCCUGUUUAUGAUUACGAACUUCCUCCUAGGGUUGAAUUGUAUCAGCUUAGUACUGGUUCUUGGCGACAAAUUACCGAUUCUGCUCCUUGUUAUGAAAUACUUAAAUCACAAUGGACACAGAUUUUCAUGAAUGAAGCUGUUCAUUGGAUUGCCUUCAUCCGAAAUCGCAGAGGAUUUCGAUGUGUGAUUUUGAGGUUUCAUAUGGAUGGUGAAUAUUUCAGCACAAUUCCCCUUCCGGAUUGUUUGGUGAAUGAAUUUCCACAGAAUUUGAAAGUUGCUGUGCUUGGAGGAGAACUAUGCGUUCUUCAAUGUGGUUGGUAUCCUUUUGGUAACAGAUACGUUUCGUCUGUUUGGAUGCUGAGAAAAUAUGAUGUUGUUGAAUCUUGGACAAAAAUUCUGAGUGUUGAUCCAUCUCAAGGGCUGGGAAUGGCUUUGGGUUGUAGAGAAAAUGGGGAAAUGCUUAUGACAUCUAGAAAUGGAGAAUUGGUUUCAUAUAAACCUGAGAAUCAAAUUGUGAAGGGACUUGGGAUUCGUGGAGCUCAGGAUUCAUUUUUUCUUGAUACAUUUGUUGAGAGUUUAGCUCUUCUUAAUGAAGGGAAAAGAAUUGUGAAGGAAGAUUAUGAAGAUGAAGAUUGGGAGCUUGAAUCCUAAUCCUAAUACACUCUCACUUGAAGCUUUGAAGCUUGGUAAGAAGAUCAAUAGUUGUUGGUAUAAAUUUUUUUUAUUGAAAUGAAAAUGCUAUGAUUGAAAUUGUAUAUGUAAUUUAUAGUUGUCUUGGAGAUCUUGUGUUUUUAUGUAUGAUAAAUUGAAAAUUGUAUACUUGGUGUUCCAUUUGAUUGAGUUCAUGAAGACUUUACACAAAAUAAAGCUUCCUAGUUAGGGACUGUGUUUGUUCA